ACCAAGCUAAAAUGUAAGAUUAAGUGGAAGAGGUUGUGUGUUAGGAAGGAGUACGGGGGCUUGGGGUAUAGGCAUUUGCAUUGUUUUAAUCUAGCUAUGCUGGGGAAACAGGCUUGGAAGCUGAUUUCUAAACCGAAUGCUCUAUUAUCAAGAAUUUACAAAGCUAAAUAUUUCUCUCGGGGGAGAUUUCAUGAGCGCCAACUUGGGUUUAAUCCGAGUUUCACAUGACGGAGCAUUUUCAGUUCUCGGGUUGUGCUACAAAAAGGAUGCAGGUGGAGGGUUGGAAAUGGUGGUGGGAUUAAUGUUUGGACCGAGUCGUGGUUGAUUGAUGGGAAUAAUUUCUUUUUAGAGACUACCCUUAUUCCGGAUUUUGAAAGUUUGUGUGUGCAUGAUCUUAUGAUUACUAUGCAUCAAGAAUGGGGUGUUGAGCUGUUAGACGAGUUGUUUUCUACUAGAAAUGUGGCUGCUAUUAUCAAUAUACCUUUACGGUGGCUGCCAGUCGAGGAAACUAGAAUUUGGCAUUUUACAAAAAGUGGGUUGUAUUCGGUUAAGACUGGCUAUAGGGUGAUUACAGAUUCAGUGUAUGCGACAUUGGAGGAUCGGGUUGCUGGGGAGUGGAUAAAGUUUGGGAAUUUAAAAUUACCACCUAGGGUGAAAUCAAUGCUUUGACAGGCUUGUCCAGAUUGCUUACCAACGAGAAAUAGGCUGCAGUACCGUGGUUUACAAGUGGAGAAUGUCUGUGUAGUUUGUGGGGCACCAAAUGAAAAUGCUUAUCAUGUCUUAGUUUGUUGUGAUUACGCAAAGGCGUGUAUGAGUGCAGCCAAUUUCAAUGUUAGUUCAGGAGGUGGGAAUACACUUAGGGAGUGGUUCUUUUAUCAGUUGGAGGCUCUUGAUAUGGUUGUAUUUGCUAAGGUAUGUGUUUUAAUCUGGUGUCUUUGGAAGCAACGUAAUUUGUGCCUUUGGGAAGGACAGUUGCAGCAGCCUGCUCAAACUGUGUUUUGUGCUUUAAGUUUUCUCUGUGAUUGGGCAUCAGCGUGUAGUUUGCAGAGGAAUGGUAAUGAGGCCAGAGUUAUGUUGGAGGCUCUGACUUGUUGUCCACCUCAACCUGGUUUUGUUAAAUGUAAUGUUGAUGGGGCGGUUUUUACUGCAUCUGGGAGGUCUGGAUUUGGCAUGGUGAUUCGGGAUAGUGCAGGUAGUUUUGUUAUGGGAGCUGAUGGUUCUUCUCCUGGGUUGUUUAAUGUAAAGUUAGCGGAAGCUAUUGGCCUUCGUGAGGCUGUCCAGUGGGUUUUAUCGUUGGGCAGAUCAAAUGUGAUUUUUGAGUAUGAUGCUAAGGUAGUAGUGGACGCGGUGCUUUCUGGUGCUGCUGAUCUUUUUGAGUUUGGUGCUGUUAUUGCUGAUUGCAGGUUGCUUCUUCAACAUGGUUGUAAUUAUUCAGUCCAAUUCAUUAGGAAACAAGCUAAUUUGGUGGCACAUUCUUUGGCAAGGGCUUCACAUUUGCAGGAUGGUUUCAAUAUGUUUUCUGUUCCACCUGAUUGUAUUAGGAACCUUGUUCCUCCUUUUGUUCCUUUUGCUGGUUAAUGGGAGCUGUUUGGGUUUCAAAAAGAAAAAAGUAAUGUUACAGAGUUAUUAUUAUUAUUAUUAUUA